AUGAACGACAUUGCCUGCUGCGUCGCUUCCUCGUGCUCGCCUCAAGACCUGCUCCUCACCCAGCAGUUCUCUGGACAGCUUUGUGGGAUUGUCGGCGAGUCUCUGCCAACCCAGCCCAACUGCUCCACCACUAUCAAGCCUAUUGCCAACCCUAACUGGACUUACGUAGGCUGUUACAGCGAGGCCACCAACUACAACCGUGCCCUGAACUCGACCUACUACACUGACAUCAACAACAUGACCCCUCCCGCGUGCCAGUCUUUCUGCAAGGCCCGUGGUCUCAAGUUUGCUGGUGUCGAGUACGGCCAGGAGUGUUGGUGCGGUAACGCUAUCCAGCUCAUCAACGGAGCCAAGAAGUUGCCUGACGACUCCAACUGUAACAUGCCUUGCAAGGGAGACAGCUCCAAGAUGUGCGGUGGAUCUGCCACUCUCAACAUCUACAAAUCUCCUAGCGCCUAG